AUGGCGCCCGUGGCACAAGCUGUUACUGUGAGCCUGCAGGAACUCAUCGAUGGAACUGUCUCCUUCGACACCCUGACCGAGGCCUUCGGACCAGCCUCCCUAGGCAUUAUCGUGGUCAAAGACCUACCCUCAACAUUUGUAGAACUGCGCAAAAAAGUUCUAUCCAAUGCUUCGUAUCUCGCCGCACUCCCAGAAAGCGAACUAGAAUCCCUCACCAGUCCAGAAUCAAAAUACCUGGUCGGCUGGUCCUGUGGCAAAGAAACCCUGAAAUCAGGUCACUUCGACACGCUCAAGGGCUCUUACUAUGUCAACUGCGCCUUCUACCAAGACCCAUCAUUGGAUAGUGCGCCAGCGGAAGGAUUCCCUGAUCUACCGCAGUACACCGCACCAAAUAUCUGGCCUCCACCAGCGAAACUCCCCGAAUUCAGGGGUAGCAUUGAAUCCCUCUGCGGUCUGAUAAUCGAUACGGCGGCCUUGGUCGCCAAAGCCUGCGAUCGCUACGCUGAAGCAAAUAUCGAAGGCUACAAGCCUGGGUAUCUGCACCACGUGGUAACAACCAGUCUAACCACAAAAGCAAGAUUGCUACACUAUUUUCCCGGAAACGACAACACCGCCGAUGCCAAUGCCGAAGCUGAUGCCGAAGCUGAUGACGAUGACUGGUGUGCCACACACCUCGACCAUGGCUGUCUAACCGGCCUGACAUCAGCCAUGUUCCUCGACGAAGCGGCUUCACCACCGGUUGUAGAGUCCGCUACAUCUAUCCUUCCCGAACUAUCCCAAUCCCCGGACCCCUCAGCUGGCCUGUACAUCCGCUCGCGAACAGAUGAGAUCGUCAAGGUCAAUAUCCCUAAGGAUUGUCUUGCCUUCCAGACUGGCGAAGCAUUGCAGCUUAUUACGCACGGGAAGUUCAUGGCCGUUCCGCAUUUUGUUAAGGGGGCGAAGUGUAUCCCCGGUCAGAAGAUUGCGAGGAAUACUCUUGCUGUGUUUACGCAGCCGAAUUUGGAGGAGGAGGUUAGGCCUGGGCUUACUUUUGCUGAGUUUGCUAGGGGUGUUGUACAGAAGAAUUAUUAG